GAGUUCAAAGCAGCUGAAGACGUAAUCAAGAGUCAGCAUAAAGAAGAAAGCACUCCUUCUAGCUCAGAAGUUACAUCCUCUAAGAAUCAACGGAAGAUAGGCGAAAAAUUAGUGGUUUUAUUUUCAAAGGAAAUUGGUCAAGGUAUUGACGGGACUGUUGUCUAUGAGGGGACUUAUGAUGGUAGACCAGUCGCUGUGAAACGCAUUCUCCAAAGUCAUGCUACGUUGAUUGCCCCAGAAAUCAAGAAUCUUGUAGCAUCUGAUCAUGGCCCGAAUAUUGUAAGAUAUCAUGGAAACGAAAAUGACAGAAAUUUUAUUUAUCUAGCUCUGGAGCGCUGUGAUUGCAAUUUAUAUGACCUCAUCCGACUGUAUUCUACGUAUUCCAAUCAAAAUGAGUCCAUUUCAAUAUACUUGGAGAAACUGAAGAAUGUUUUAAGAGAUGUUAAGCUUUGGGAAGGAAAUAUAGACCGUCCAUCACCUUUAUUACUGAAAUUGAUGAGUGACAUUGUUUCUGGGCUUUUUGCUCUGCACAAAUUGAAUAUAGUUCACCGAGACUUAAAGCCACAAAACAUUUUAAUAAUUAAGGAAAGCUCAACUUUAUGUGCAAAGCUUUCUGAUAUGGGCAUCAGCAAACACCUUUCUGGUUUUGGUACCACCGGCUGGAAAGCACCUGAACAACUUCUUGAUGGACAACAUCAAACGAGUUCAAUAGAUUUGUUUAGUUUAGGAUGCGUCCUCUUUUUUUGCAUCACUCAUGGUUGCCAUCCAUUUGGGGACCAUGAUAAACGUGAUGGAAAUAUUCGGAAGAAUAAUCAGCCAGACUUGUCUUUGGUAAAAGAUUUCCCUGAAGCUUCUGAUCUUAUUUCUUCUUUAAUAAACUUCGAUCCUGAGAAGAGGCCAAAAGUAAUUGAGGUGUUGCACCAUCCACUGUUUUGGGAUGCGAAGAAUAGACUUUCUUUCCUCUGCGACACUAGUGACAGAGUAAUAAAGGGCGCUGAUCUUGAUAAAGCUCUCGAAUCUACUGCAAGCACGAUUUUAGGUACAGAAAGGAUAGUUUUGAUAAAUGUUCUGAAAUGGAACAAGAAGGUGGAUGAGAAGAUAAUCAGGCACUUUCUCCCAUAUGCAGAAGGGGGUUACAAGUUUAGCAGCAUUCGAGACUUGUUGCGACUGAUUCAAAACAUUGUUAGUCAACCACUCCCGGAAGAUAUUCAGAAACUUGUUGGAACGUCAUAUGAAGGAUUUGAUAACUAUUUUACAACUCGAUUCCCACUGCUCUUGAUUGAGGUGUACAAAUUUGUGUGCACAUACUGUAAAGGUGAUGAGUGCUUCAAGAAAUAUUUUAUGAAGAGUACAGAGAAAUCUAUAGCUGACAAGAGUUGAUGGAAACUAGAUUUCGAACGCGAGUAUACAUAAGUGUUGUGAUUUUGUUUCUCCCUUUUAACUCAAGACCUGAAUAUUUGGAAUAAGUACAUAAUUUUUGCUUGGCUAAUCCUGAACUAUUACAACUCUUUUGUAUUGGCAUAAGGGGCGAACUGUAUUUCCCCUUAACUCAG